AUGCUGUCGUCGUCUCAUUUUAGUCCGCUCAUCUCUGCUGAUACCAGCGAUCUCCUGCAUCUCAACAAAGCAUUGACAUCUGUCUACUCGAAAGGCGACACGGCCAAUGCGCCAAAGAUUGUGGUGGCACGCCGGCUUGGGACGGGCGGUGGUUCUGCACUGGGAGCUCUCAGUGGCAUUAAAUUCCCCGACGUGAGCAUUGAUUUCACCAUCGAGCUCGCGUUCCGACCGGCGCCCGUUGCCCAAGUCUCCUUCCGCAUCGACCCCUCGAGGGUAGGUGUUGGGCGAGAGAGUUUUCAAAACACUGAUCCGUCUAUCAAAGAACUCGCAGGGAUCAUCGAGGUUGCUUGCAAAGUGACUGAAUCCGAAUCAAUUCACCACAAUCCACUUAACGUGCUGCGAGUGGACGUUCAGGGCCCUGAUCUGGAGCCACUGACUUUCGUCGAUCUUCCGAUACCCUCUCGCCCUUCUCUGGAUGUGCUCGCUAAGUACUUCAAUGAUGAGCAGAGUGUCAUUAUAGCCCUUGUCAAUCCCCGAAGUCCCGAUCAUUUCGACGUCAACGCCUCGAUGAUUCACAAAAGUGAUCCCUUAGGCGAGAGAUCGAUCGCUGUCAUAUAUGACCACAGCCACUCAAAUAUCUCGGUCCCUGAUGGCUUCAGAUAUGACUGGCCGACCAGGUACGGCUGGCACGUACUUCAUGGCGGAGAGAGAGUGGAAGUACAGCCUGACGGUAGGAAGAGGUACAAGGAGAUCCUCCUGACCAUAGAUGGCUUCUCUGAAGCCUCCAAAAAGGAUGUUGGAAUAGAAAGCCUCCGUACCAAGAUUGCCAUGGCUAUUUACAACCGCCACUGGGCACGCACCUUGAGAAUGGUGAGAGAGGCGGAAGACGAUCUCAAGUCUAAACGAUCACACUUGGAGCGGCUCGGCAAACCAAGAGCCCAUGACGAUGAGAAGCGCAUCUAUCUUCUGAACGCUGCGUCUGACAUUCAGAGGAUAGUUCGAGAAGGUGUCGAGGGACGGUACCAGGAUCCGUUCUUCGGCAACUUCGAAGACGACAAAGGACGCCGGCUGAGGACAACUCUGCAGCGCUUGAGCGAAGUGUUCGACUACGUCGUCAGGACAAAGGGCAGCAACAUCAUCGUCGAGGGAACUGGCCAGCAUGAUGCGGAUGAACUGCCAGUUUCUUUGCAAAAUACCCUCGAACUGUACGCCUCUGAGCUUUCUGAACCUCAGGUCAUCCAAGCACAAGAACUUAUGGCGCAAAUGGACCCCUUCUCAGCCUACCGAAGUAUUGGGCCGCUAGGUUCUGUUGGUGACGAUGUCCUCAUGCAGCUGCUCCGACGACGAGUCUCUCCGUGGGGAGCUAUGGCCCAAUCUCACAUCGAAAGGGUCCUGUUUGCGGUGCAAUCGUUUACGGACAAGGUUUUCGAGCAUGUGUUGGGCCUGCAAUGGUCUGAUCCUACUACGCGCGCCAUUGUAACGGCCUUUGUAGACCCUUUCUUCGACGAGAUGGGGACGAUGUUGCAGGACAAGCUUGAGGAGAUGAUAGAACCUUAUGAAAGGGGGUACGCCCGUCCUGGCGUUUUCGAGCUCCAGCAGGCGCUGGAAGAACACAGGGCUUCUCACAUUGAACCCGAGACGCGUGAAGGGGGCGAUCCCGAGACACAGUCGUUCCUUCGAGUAGUGAAUGCUUUCUACGAGAUAUCUUGCCGCAACUUUACAAGCAACGUUACGAAUCUAGUAAUCGAGCGCUGCCUUGUUCGUAAGCUGACGGACAUCAUAACGGUUGGCCACGUCGGUCUCUUGUCCGCUGAGAGGCUGCGUGAGCUUGUCGCUGAAAGCCAAGAAUCACAGAAGCAGAGGAGGCAACUUGAGGAGGAAAUCAAGGCAUUGUCGGAGGAAAUCAAGGUAUGGGUGGAUGCAUUGGCUCGACAUCGACGUCGCAAGCCACGAGAGGAAUCAAGCUGGUAUUCGGCUUCUUGCCAGUGA